AUGGGGUGCUUGGCGGCAUUGCCGGUCCUGCUCCUUGUAGGCGCUAUCUCAGCACUGGCACAAGAUGGCGUCACAGUGACACAAUACCAGAGACCCCCAGCUAGCCCACUGCUGCCCCUGAACCAUGAUCGGCUGUCUCGCGAUCCCGGACUUUCUCCACACGUGCCAGAGCAGGUCCAUCUGACAUUGGCUGGUCCUGGAGCGAUGGCUGUCAGCUGGCUGACAUAUCCCCAGGUGAACAAAUACGUGGUCAGGUUUGGAGCCUCCCCUGGGCAGUACACCAGGGCAACAGCCGGCAACAACACCUGCUAUGAAGCGGAUGACUACGUGUCGGGGGCGCUGCACCAUGUGGUGCUGGGGGCUGGCCCAGAGGGGCCUCUGCUGCCGGACACUACCUAUUACUAUACCUGCGGCGACCCGGAGCUCGGCAUGAGCCCUGAAUUCAGCUUCCGCACUCCUCCCCUUACCGGGCCCAAGAGCUUCCCCUACAGGUUGGGCCUGAUUGGGGACCUGGGCCAGACGGAGAAUUCAGCGCAGACGCUGGAUCACCUAACGGCGAGUAACCCGGACUCAGUCAUCAACGUGGGGGACCUGUCUUACGCAGAUGGCUACCAGCCCAGGUGGGACACAUAUGGGCGUCUAGUGGCACCUCACACAUCGCGCUUUGCCUGGGCCGUGAUCGAAGGGAAUCAUGAGCUGGAGGUGCCCAAAAUAUUACGUGGACAGGUGGCGAAUGGGAAGCCUGGCUUCUUGGCAUAUGAGACGCGCUACUGGUUUCCAUCCAAGGAGAGCCGCUCCUACUCGCCUUUCUACUAUUCCUAUGAGGUGGCGGGGGCGCAUGUGGUGAUGCUGGGGUGCUAUGUGGAGUAUGGGGAGGAGUCGGAGCAGUACGAGUGGCUGGUGCAGGAUCUGGCUGGGGUGGAUCGGGGGCGCACCCCCUGGGUCAUCGUGGGCAUGCAUGCCCCCUGGUACAACAGCAACCAGGCGCAUCAGCACGAGGUGGAUGACAUGAUGGAGGCAAUGGAGGAGGUGCUGUUCCAGAAUGGCGUUGAUGCUGUUUUUGCCGGCCACGUGCAUGCCUACGAGCGGUUCCACCGCACCUACAAGGGCGAGAGGCAUGAGUGCGGUCCGGCGUACAUAGUCAUCGGGGACGGGGGGAACCGGGAGGGUUUGGCAGAAACCUACGACGACCCCCAGCCGGGGCACUCGGCGUAUCGGGAGGCCAGCUAUGGCCACGGGGUGUUUGAGCUGAAGAAUGCCACGCAUGCGCUGUGGCAGUGGCACCGAAAUCAGGACGCUCAGCCCGUAAUUUCUGAUGAGGUGCGCCCUUUUUUCGCAAUUUUUAUGACGAUUGUAUGCGUAGCUGCAAUGUGGUCAUAG